AUGGGUAUGAAUGAGCUGAGCAGACUGAAGAAGCUGUAUCAGAUAGAGGAGAGCAGGUUUGCAGAAAGACUGAAAAGACACGAGGACUUUGGACACAUGAUGGACUCUUAUCAGUUUUGCCUUGAAGGGAUACUGCUGAAGAGGGAGGAGAUGUUUUACAAGUACGAUGUGUGUGGCACAGGAAUUCUGGACUACAGCACGGAUAAUGUAUUGGGAUUCGAUCAUGAAUUCAUAAACAAGAAUGCUAGCGAGGUCAGCUGGGGAGGAGAGAGUGGAGAGAAGCUGUGCAAUCAGAAUGAGAAUUGCGAAAGCAAAGGCAAGGUAUUGCAUAAUGAUAAUAGCAAGCAGAUUGUAAUAAAAGAGGAAAAGGGAGAUGGAAGAACCAAAAUAGUUGCAGAAGAAGGCGAGAGCAAGCCAAGGAUGUCUAAAGAUAAGCGGACGAAGGGAGUCAGAAUAUAUGCAUGUGACAUUGAUGGAUGCAGCAAGAAGUACACAUCAUCGUUUGGAUUGAAGUAUCAUAUGAAGGAAGGCCAUUCGGAAGAGAAGAUGAACAUAAUCAAACCGUUUGGCUGUCCAUUCAGUGGAUGUGAUAAGAAAUACAAAAACAAUAAUGGCCUUAAGUAUCAUAUAAAGCAUUAUCAUGAUGAGACGUCAUGA